UGUCGUCCGUUCAGCUCAAGCCCAAUUGCUGCACAACCACAAGAACUACCAACUAUGGUACCUCAAGACUAAUAAUCAAAGCGUAGGCGUUGAUUGCCCAGCUCCUCCACAGAUUGUGCUGAUUGAGAGCGCAAAUCGAGUUCGGACUCAGCCAUUGAACUGUUCCAGCCAGCGAUACCUGUGCGUGCCUAGGCCCUCUCCGAGAAACGGGUUGAGAUUUUAUCAUCACACGAGCUUGCUCCCCGACCAUCGACAUCAAGGCCCGAGGUCUCAAUCAAGACGUUUAUCUGGUCACCCGUCGCAGCCCUACGAGAGACACGACUGUAGAGACACAAUCAGCUCUCAAUGAUGGCACCGCAUGGGCCAAGAUCGAUGGCGGUCCCUCCAACAGGACCUGCUCGGUCUUCGGCCAUGCCGCCCGUGAACAACGGCGCCGGCCCGACACCACCUACACCUGGACGCGACGACGAGAGGCAUCCACCCGCUAGGGGCCCUCAUCCGGGCAAGAUAACCCUCCCAAAGCAGUACUGCAAUGAGCAACGGCUGCGAGGGAUGCAGCUGGCGAUAGGGUGCGACCCUUCGCGAGAAACGAGCUACAGGUUACAGGGCAUCCAGCUGAUCGACUCGGUGCGGCUUGCUCUACGAUUGCCGAUAAAAACGUUCGAUACGGCCUGCACAUACUACCACAUGUUUCGCCUCUUUUUCAGGGAUGCCGAAUACAACUUUCAAGACGCGGCGCUCACUGCGCUGUUCGUCGCUUGCAAGGUGGAGGACACGAUGAAGAAGUCCAAGGAGAUCUUGUGUGCGGCCUACAACCUCAAAAACCCCGACCACCCUACGACUCCAGAUGACAAGAUGUUUGAGCAGCCCACCAAAAUAGUUAUCGGUCUGGAAAGACAUAUACUACAAACUGUCGGCUUUGACUUUCGGGUCCGUCACCCGCAAAAGUACUUGAUCAAAGUCGUACGCAAGCUGUUCCCGGCGGAGUUGGGCAAGCAGAUUCUCGACGUUGCAUAUCCCAUGUGCACCGACAUGUACAAAACCUUUGCUCCCAUAAAACAGGCCACGUUCACAAUGGUGAUGGCCAUUGUCGAGUUGACGGCGCGCUUGACGGGACACCAAAACUUCGUGAAUGAUGUGGACCUUUCAAAAUACCACACAGAUCGGGGCUCUGUCGUGGAAACUAUGCUGGAUUUGCUAGAUCUCUAUGCACAAUUUCUACGCCAGACCAAGGUCGGAAUGCGCUUCGAUCUGGACACGUUCAUCCAAGUUAAGAUCAAGAUCAACCAGGAGGUCGAAGCGGAUCCCUCGCUGGAACGGUUCAUGGACGUCUGCACCAAGUGCUCUGCAGAAGAGGGGCGAGACGGCACCCUGAACAAUCAUAUUUUAUCAAUCACACCUGGUUCAGCAACAUCCCCUGCCACAACCGGGUCAGGCGGUGCUCCCGCAAGCGGUGGAAAGGUUACGAGUGCCAGCAGAGGCAUAAAAAGCCAAGAGGGCACACUCAGAUAUGCAUUCGAUUCCGAGCAGGUUCGGGCAGAAAAGAGAAUCGUGGACAAGUUCUUUGAGGAGAAGUUUGAAGAGUACGAGGUCGAGGUCGAGGAGGAAAUUCCCGAGACGAGCCACCAGAACAGCAACCACCGCCACAACCACCACCAUCACCCUAGGCCACCUACAGGUCCUGCAGGGCCUCAAAGAGGUCACGGCUCGAGGCGGGACCGCGGUGGCCACCAUGACGGAGGAUGGCCCUAUCCCAGUGGUAGACAUUCCGGGGGCGGACAUGACAGGCACAAGGGCCGCAAAGGUCGUGGGUCCUAUUUUCACUGACAUUUGUUUCUUAUGGACGGGGGCAAUGACGUACCAGGCAUCUUUCCGCAUCAACAGCGAUCAUGAUUAUUUGUUUUCACUCUACCCUUUAUAUAUGUGAUACCCAACAGGCAUUGUCAUGAUAUAAAAUCAAUUGCUUGAUUCUCACUGUCG